AUGAAGACUCUCCAGAUUGAGAAGAUAAGAGAACUCAUGAUGAACCCCAAUCAAAUCAGAAAUAUGUCUGUCAUAGCCCACGUUGAUCAUGGUAAGACUACUUUAACUGAUUCUUUGUUAGCUAGAGCUGGUAUCAUCUCAGAAAGCAACGCUGGUAAAGCCUGCAUGAUGGAUACUGACCCAAAAGAACAAAAAAUGGGAAUCACCAUUAAGUCAACUGGAGUUUCCUUAUACUAUCAAAAUACUGUGACCAAGUAGGAGAGUAUCAUUAAUUUGAUUGAUUCUCCAGGUCAUAUUGACUUUUCUGGUGAAGUUACUGCUGCAUUAAGAGUUACUGAUGGAGCUCUUGUUGUGGUAGAUGCUGUUGAAGGUGUUGCUGUUCAAACAGAAACAGUUCUAAGGCAGGCUUGCCAAGAACGAAUACGACCCGUUCUUGUAAUUAAUAAGCUAGACAGACUAUUUAGUGAGCUUAAGGAUGAUUAUGAAAAUAUUUAUCAGAGAUUAGUAAAGAUCAUAGCAAAGGUUAAUUCUAUUUUGGAAAUGCACGAAAAUGACUCUAUUAGAGGCUACACUUUAGAUCCCUCACUUGGAAAUGUUGCUUUCUCUUCUGGUAAACAGUGCUGGGGAUUUACUUUAAAGACUUUUGCUAGAAUUUACAGUCAAAAAUUCUCAACAAAGGAAGAAACUUUAAUGACUAAAUUAUGGGGAGACAACUACUUCAAUCCUCAAACAAAAUAAUUCACCUCAGAGGUAAUCAGCAUUAAUACCUAAAACAAGAAAGCUAGUCGCUCAUUCAUUGAAUUCGUUUUAGUUCCUUUAGAUAAGUACUAUUCAGCCUCUUCAAACGCAGAAAUUGAAACUCUUUCCAAGAUGGUUGAAAAGCUCAACCUUUCUUCCAUUCUAACUUCAGCUGAAUUAGAAAGACUCAAAUAGGUUGAUGUUCAAGAGAGAAUCAAGAGGUCUAUGAGGGCUUGGUUACCCUUAGCCGAUGCCAUACUUGAAAUGGUUUAAGAUCAUUUACCUUCACCAAAAGAGGCUAUGAAAUAUCGUAGUUUGUAUCUUUACGAAGGACCUGCUGGUGAUGAGGCUUGUGCAGCAAUGAGAGAAUGUAAUUCUGAGGGACCUCUCAUGGUUUAUAUUUCAAAAAUGGUUUAAACUGAAGAUCUUGGUAGAUUUUAUGCUUUUGGUAGAGUAUUCAGUGGCACAAUAUCUCAAGGCAUGAAAGUCAGAGUCUAAGGUCCUGACUAUAAACCUGGAAGCAAAGAAGAUCUCUUUAUCAAAACAAUCUAGCAUACAUUUUUGAUGAUGGGUAAACAGCAUGAGCCUAUCGAAUCAGUACCAGCUGGAGGUACCGUCCUCAUCUUAGGUGUUGAUAACGCUCUUACUAAAACAGGAACUCUUACAACUUCAGAAACAGCACAUAAUAUCAGAAACAUGAAGUACACGAUUUCACCUAUAUUGAGAGUUGCUGUCAAUACUCCUAACUAACAAGAUCUUACACGUCUACUUGAAGGUCUUAAGAUGCUUCAAAAAUAUGAUCCUCUUGUUCAAGUAGAAGUUGAAGAAAAUACAGGAUCCUAUGUUGUUGCUGGUAGUGGUGAAUUGCAUAUUAAAAUUUGCUUAGAAAAACUGAAUGAUUUCACCCACAACUCUAUUAAUAUUGUUGCUUCUCAACCCACUGUAUCUUACAGAGAAACAAUAGCUGAAAAGAGCUCUUAAACUUGCCUAGCUAAGACUGAAAAUAAGCUUAAUCAUCUGUAUGGUACUUGCGAACCACUUGAUGAAGAAUUAGGAUCAGCAAUAGUGAGCAAAAAAAUAAAUAUUAAAGACAUUAACAACUAAAAAAUGAUUAACAGUUUGGUGAAUGAUUAUUCUUGGGAAAGAGAAGAUGCAAAGCGUAUAUGGUGCUUCGGUCCUCUAGAAAAGGAGUCCACUAAUUGCAUCGUAAACCAAACAGUUGGUAUAUAAGGUAUGCCUGCAAUUCAGCCUUCUAUAAUAACCGCCUUCGAAUGGUGUACUAAGGAAGGUCUUUUGUGUGAUGAGCCUCUUAGAAAUAUUCGCUUUAACAUAAUGGAUGUAAUAAUACACGAUGAACCUGCUCAUCACAGAAGCAAUCAAAUAACCCCAGCAGCUAGAAGGCUAUUUAAGGCUUGCUAAUAUGUGAGUGAACCUAAAAUUUUGGAACCAUUUUAUUUAUGCAACAUUAAAACUCCAGAUGAAAGGAAAGGACCUAUAUAUGCAUUCCUCAAUAAAUUCCUAGAUAAGAGAAGAGGUUUAGUUUUAGGAGAAGAAUAUGAUGAUAUAUUUACCGUGAUUCAAGCCUACAUCCCUGUAUCUGAAAGCUUUGGAUUCGACCAAGCUAUAAAGUCAGUCUCCUAAGGUAUGGCAAUGCCAGCUCUCUCAUUCAGUCACUGGCAAGCAGUCUAGGGUAAUCCACUCGACCCAGAAUCAGAAUCAGGUAAGAUUGUUAAUGAAAUAAGAAUAAGAAAAGGUUUGAAUGCUAAAAUACCAGAACUCAACUAUUAUCUUGAUAAACUUUGA